UCACAUUCUCUGUGCGUUAAUCGCCAUUCGAGCAUCUGUUUCAUUCUUUUGCGGUCGUUGUUAUUUUGUGUCCCUGGCCUACAGUCCAUUUUGUGUAGAUCAACAACCGGCCCGUCCGUUCGUCGUCGUCGUCGUCGUCGCCGUCGCUGACAUCGUUGUGAAAGUCGAGUCGAAAGAGUAUUGAAAGAAUAACCGAAAUUGAGAAUCGUAAAGUAACCGAAGCCGCCGUGACGAUGCCGGGUUUUAGUAGCAGCGCGGGCACGUUCAAAAUCUUUAUCGGCAACCUUGCGGAGAAAACGGCAGUGGCCGAGCUGCGCCCGCUCUUCGAAAAAUACGGCAAGGUGGUCGAGUGCGACGUGGUGAAGAACUACGGUUUCGUUCACAUGGAAAAUGAAGCCGACGGCCGCGAGGCAAUCAAAAACCUCAACGGGCAACUGAUGAACGGGCAGACGAUGAAGUGCGAGGCCGCGAAGAGCCGCAAGGCGCCGCAGACGCCCACCACCAAGAUCUUCGUCGGCAACCUGACGGACAACACGAAGGCGCCGCAGAUACGCGAGCUGUUCAAAAAGUUCGGCACGGUGGUCGAAUGCGACAUCGUCCGCAACUACGGAUUCGUGCAUCUGGAAUCGUCGGGCGACGUUAACGAGGCGAUCAAAGAGCUGAACGGCACCAUCGUCGACGGGCAGCCGAUGAAGGUGCAAGUAUCGACUAGCCGGGUCCGUCAACGUCCGGGCAUGGGCGACCCGGAACAAUGCUACCGGUGCGGCCGCGGCGGCCACUGGUCCAAGGAGUGCCCCAAGGGCCUCGGACCGGACCGCUUCCGCGACCGGCUAUUCGGCGGACGCGAUCCCUAUCCGCCACCGCCGCCGCCGCCCUUCCUACGCGACCGCAUGAUGGGUCGAUUUGGGGACGGCUACGAUGGGUACUACGACAGAAGAUUCGAGGAGUCCCGUGACUUAUACGAGCGCCGCUACUCGGGCAUCCCGCCCCGCGGUGGCGAAAUCGGUAUGCGGGGCGGUCGCGGAGAUUUCUUGCCGCCUCCGUUGCCACCCAGGCGUGAACCAUUGCCUCCGAUGCCCUCCAUCGGCCUGAGAGGUCCACCAUCCGGUAGUUUGAGCAGCGGCAUGAGAGAUUCUACUUACUCCAGGACUGGAGGCGGCAGCGAGUACGGCAUGUUCAGCAGAAGAUCGCCACCUAGUUCCAGCGGCAUUCCCGGACAGAGAAUGAGCAGAAUGUAUGAAGACUUCAGUAGGGAUUCGUUCGAUGACAGAAGACCUGGUAUGAGGGGACCAUCUCCGUCAAGGCGAUUCACCCCGUAUUAGUUUUUGGAAAUUGAACAGGGGUAAUAAUACAUAUAUUAAUGUGACAUGAAUGUAUAUUAUAUUCCAUGUGCUGUAUCAGCAAUUGUCUUAUUUCUUUUCGUUUUAUGAAUACCCCUUUGUAUUUUCUGACCCUGUGUAUUAGGUUUUUUUAUAUAAGAUUGAUGUAUAUAAAGUAGUUAGUGUUUCAUUUAAUUAUAAGUGACAAAAUUAUUAUAUUUUAUACUUUUAUGUUUGUGAGGACUUACAAUUUAUAGUAAAUAAACAUACUAUUAUAGAAGUCAAAAA